CGUGUUUGGAUGAGUAGCUUAAUCAUACUCGUAUGUUCUGAGGUAUAUGGUCAUAGUCCAAACAAGCCUUUCGGCUCAAAUCUUGGGUCUCAACCCCAACCCCAACCCCAAUCCAAAUCCAAAUGGUCUGUGUGUGUAAAAAGCACUUCGUUUCUUUCACCUAAAUUAGAUCCAUGAUAGUUGUUCAAAUUUUUGUAGCAUAGGGAGUAUUGUAUGGGAGUCAUUUUUGCUUUGAGGGUUUACUUGGAUUUGGAUCUCCUUGGUAUGGGUUUUUUUGAUAGUAUGGUUUUGGAUGUUCCACGAGUACGGGCAAUGGCAAUUGACAUUGCGAAAAUGCCGUUAAUAAAUAGGGCUAAAGGUGAAAGAGAAGGUAUUGACCUUGACAGGUUUGGAGUGGAAUCUGCACCUGCAAUUGUAUUUUUGAAGAAACAUGGAAUCAAACCUGUUGUGUACCAUGUCCACAUUACUGCAGGACCUGCCAACAAUUCAUGUUUUGUAGAUAUAAUGGAACAGAAUAAACAUCAAGGUAAUGCUGUUUGUUUGUACUUUAUCAAGUUUUAUAAUUGGGGCUUUGACACUACAACAAAAUUUGCCCAGUCAUAUUACUUGAGUGAGUGCAACCAUUGUGUAAAUGGCUUGUUAUAGUGAUUCUAAUGUGCAAGUAAACCUCAUGUGAUUGACAAGUGCAAAUGUUAAUGACUAUGAAGUUUUUCCU